AUUGCUCUGCUUGCAUUGUUUCCAGCUACUCUAUACGGAUCUCCGGUGGAUCUCAACCCACGCCUUUCCAAUGGACUCGCAAUAACACCGCCAAUGGGAUGGAACACCUACAACCAUUACUCCUGCUCUCCUAAUGAGGCCAUUGUCAAAUCAAAUGCACAAGCACUAGUCGAUCUCGGCCUCCUAGCGAAGGGAUAUAAUUUUGUCACAGUCGACUGUGGAUGGACUUUACCAGCUCGCCUGGCAAACGGAUCCAUCACAUGGAGUCCUACGCUGUUCCCAAGUGGCUACUUUGCUCUCGGGCAAUUCCUACAUGCGAGGGGUUUGAAGUUUGGAGUAUAUUCGGACUCUGGAAUACAAAUGUGCAUGACAGGUUCGCCAACCCAAGUGGGCAGCUUAGCCGAUGCGCUGACGUUUGCUUCGUGGGGCGCUGACAUGAUCAAAUUCGACAACUGCUAUUCCGAAGCUUCAGCUGGAUAUCCUAACACGGACUUCACUCCUCCAACAUCACCAUCUGCUCGCUUUUCCAACAUGUCUGCAGCCAUCGCUGCGACUGGAAGGCCAAUCGUGUAUGCAAUCUGCGAAUGGGGCGUAGACUUCCCUUCAGCCUGGGCACCCACAAUUGGGAAUUCAUGGCGCAUCGGGAAUGAUAUAAUACCAUCCUUCGGUACCGUCGCUCGGAUCCUGAAUCAAGCAAUAUCUCAGACAAGCUUUGCCGGACCAGGACACUGGCUUGAUCUCGAUAUGCUAGAAGUCGGCAAUAAUGUUUUCACCGCUGCGGAAGAACAAACACAUUUUACCAUGUGGGCUAUUGUCAAAAGCCCACUGAUGAUUGGAGGCAGAUUGAGCGAUACCGCCGGAAGCAUCACCUCCUCGUCGUUGAACAUCCUCUUGAACUCGGAUGUCAUUGGAUAUAACCAGGACAGUCUUGGUGUGGCAGCCAGCUUCGUCAGAAGAUUUACAUCCGCAGGAUAUGAGAUCUGGUCAGGACCCCUGAGUGGCAGCCGAAACGUUGUUGCUGUCAUCAACCUGAGCAAUGUAGCUACGAGUCUGACAUUAAAUCUUCCAGAUGUCGGAUUACAGAAAGCUGCAUCUGUCAAGAACAUCUGGAAUGCUGCGACAUCCACAAAUGUUCUCACUUCAUAUACCGGUUCUGUUGCAGCCCAUGGUACGAUGUUACUUGAAUUGAGCGGGACUACCGUUGCUGGGAAAUAUGUCGUGGCUGAUGCUGUCACUUCUGGCACAACGACUGCUUUCUCACAUGUUUACGGCGCUACUACUGGCAAUGCUUAUACUUGCGUUAUCACCUUCUCCCAUAGCAGCGCAACUGCAACAGCAGUCACUGUCAACAGCGUAGUUCAUAGUUUACCAGCCAAUACGCUUACACUCAGCAUCCUUAUUUCCCUCACCGCCUCGAAUGCCAAUACUGUCGUUAUAGUAUCUUCCAUCACCCCCUCAGUGCUCACAAUCGCCGCUCCAGCCUCAACUCUCUAUCCCAGCACUUCAUUUGCUCUUGUAGGCACGGCAAGUCGAACAACCUGCAGUUCAGGACUCUGUGCACCAGUCGGGUCAAAAGUCGGCUAUCUUUCCAGCACAGGCUCAGCAACACUCUCCGUCACAGCCCCAAGCACCGCCAUUGCCGGAAGUAAAUACGCCACAGUGUAUUUUAUCAACAAUGACAUCGCGAUCAGCACCUCAUGGACCACAGGUACGAACACAAGGAACAUGACUAUCAGUGUCAAUGGCGUCGUGACGAGAAUCGAAGUACCAUUGAGCGGGAAGAGUAGCGAACUGUUUAGCGCUGGCUUGGGCUGGCAGGACACAGGACUCUUUGGAGUAUUGUUGCCUGGUUGGACGACGGGCAGUAAUGCUGUUGUUGUCACGAAUACUGCGGGUGGUUUGGUGGAUUAUGCGGCUGAUUUUGUGGGGCUGAGUGUUGUGUGGUAGUUUCGUUAUGAAAGGAGCAUGCUGGAGAAGGAUAUAUGUAAAGGGAUGCAGGAAAGAACUGGCUGUGGACGUUGAGGAGAGGAAACAAAU